AUGUACAGGCCGCGCGCACAAAAAACCAAAGCAAAAACAUCUCCAACAAAAACCACCGCCCGCGACACCAUGUCUCUUUGUAAGACCCGGUUGCAGGAGGAAAGAAAACAGUGGAGAAAGGACCACCCGUUCGGCUUCUACGCCAGACCCAAGAAAAGCGAAGACGGCUCCUUGGACUUGACCCACUGGGACGCAGGCAUUCCAGGCAAGCCCAACUCGCUCUGGGCCGACGCCACAUACCCCGUCAGCAUCACCUUCUCCGAGGAAUACCCUUCCAAGCCUCCCAAGGUGAUGUUUCCUGCGGGCUUCUACCAUCCGAACGUGUACCCGAGCGGAACCGUGUGCUUGUCGAUUUUGAACGAGUCGCAGGACUGGCGGCCGGCCAUCACGUUGAAGCAGAUUGUGUUGGGCAUCCAGGAGCUUCUCACAAACCCGAACCCGGACUCGCCGGCCCAGGAGCCCGCGUGGAAGGCCUUCAGCAAGGACAGAACGACCUACGAGAAGAAGGUGAAGGAGCAGGCGAAAAGAUACGCCACGGCCACUUAG